GCCGGAGCUGUCAAAAGUUCACCCCCCGAGCGCAGUUGCAGUCGCAUCAGGAUUUUCGUCAUUAAUUCUUUUCUUUCCAGCCGUUUUCCGAGGAUUUUCCCGACAUACCGAACCUUACCGGAAAACUCCUUAAGCAGCCGGACCACGGUACGGACCAAUUCGGUUGGUAGAUUAUCGGAUUCAGUGGCUAUAUAGAUUAGUAAAGUGCAUUUGGGGAAUUUGCAAGCAGCAAAAAUAUGGGAGGAUUAUUCAGCUACUUCCGUGGCCUUCUGGGGAACCGCGAGAUGCGCAUACUGAUCCUGGGGCUGGACGGCGCCGGCAAGACGACAAUCCUGUACCGGCUGCAGGUGGGCGAAGUGGUCACGACGAUUCCCACCAUCGGAUUCAACGUCGAACAGGUCACAUACAAAAACCUCAAGUUCCAGGUGUGGGAUCUUGGCGGUCAGACCAGCAUAAGGCCGUAUUGGCGAUGUUAUUACAGCAAUACAGACGCUAUCAUCUACGUAGUGGAUUCAGCAGAUAAGGAUAGGAUAGGGAUUUCCAAGGACGAACUUUUGUACAUGCUAAGGGAAGACGAACUGGCAGGAGCAAUUUUGGUAGUGCUUGCGAACAAACAGGACAUGGAGGGAUGCAUGAGUGUGGCCGAAGUGCACCAAGCCCUCGGACUGGAGGCGCUGAAAAACCGAACGUUCCAAAUAUUUAAAACCUCGGCUACCAAAGGUGAAGGAUUGGACCAGGCUAUGGAUUGGCUAGCGAAUGCGUUACAGUCUCGGAAAUAGUUUGCUAUCGACGAGAUAUCUUCCUCAAAACAAAAAAGAGCAACAAACAAUGGGAAGAAUGUCGUUCCCAUUCCAACACUACCCCUCUUUUGAGAACUGUGUGUGCACGUGCAAAGGUAUGGCUAUAAAGCGAAACAAACCAGCAUUGAGUAAUUAAGCAGAAUUUAUUGUCCCCGGUUUACGUCCCGUUUCGUAUGAGAACAUUUGUAUUCAAUUAUCCAUCGAAAAACGUGGUAAAAGUAAUGAGUAGCCCAAGUAAACCGUUAGCUAUGUUUUAUUUUUCGUUAAAAUAUUAUUAAAUCAUCCUUGUGUCCUUCCGCAGACAAAGAAAAGCGAACCAUUAUUUAAUUUAAAUGCGCCCCUACUAAAUCGAAAAAAAGUUCUGUGUCCUUCGCGAGCUGCAUCGUGAGAGGGAAGAGUGUGUGUUACAAUGCGAGAUGCAGCUUGUAUAGGUAAAGAUUCUUGUCGCAUUAAUUUAAAUUAUCGUAAAUAAAAUAGUACAUAUAUAAAUAUAAA